UUGACCCAUUUUCUAGCGACAACUCACUCCUAGCCCAAACCGAGUUACAAUUAUGACUUAUAACUCGAUUGGCUCAUGAUCAACUCUAUAGCUCUACCACACAUAAACAUUUUUAUUACUUGUACCUUUAUUGAAAAAAAAAACAAUAAUGUGAACAGGGUAAGUGAUGCUUAUGAGAGCAAGGGUCCCACAAGGUUGGAAUUUUAGAGGAGCACUCCAGACAAGCAAACUCUUCAUUCUUUCGGUGUUGCAAAAUUGGACUGCCUGUCCCCCUUCUCCAUCACCUAUAUAUACCUUCUUCCUCCCUCUCUUUCUUCUCCUCUUACACUCAUCUUUUUCCCUCUUCUUUCCCGCCUUUCUUCAUCUUCGUUUUUCUUACCCUGUAACCGCAAUUCUGCACUUUCAGCCGCCAAAUUUGGUAAAAAAAACACUAACUUGAACAUUUUUAGCUUCUGGGUACUUCAAAAGUUUGCAACUUUGGUAAAUUUAGCUAAGUUUUCAUAGUUUAUAGCUGAAUUAAACUUGUGGGUUUCGCUUAAACUUUAGAUUUUUUUAGUAAUUUGAAGAGGUUUUUUGUUUUUAAUUGGUUAUAAUUGGGGAAUUUAGUGGGGGGAUUAUUUCUUGACCCACUAAGAUUAAAUUGAAGGACUUUGCCAGAAAAUGAUAUUGUUGUAUAAAGGAUGCAUUUUAUGGGAAUUAUUUACAGUUUUUGAGGCCAAAUAUUGUAUUGGGAAGAGUUUCUAUUUUUGGAUUUUUAAGAUUGUAAACAGGUGUAACAUGGGCACUUAGCUAUAGAUUUAGACACCCACCAACUGUUUGUGGAAUUGCUUCUUUGAGUGAGUGUACUGUUGUGUUUUCUUUCCCCUUUGAUAGAGGUUGACUUGAUAGUAGUUAGAGCGUUUUUUAGAAGGAGUGACAUAAUGGAAGGUGCGACAUUACCACCCGGUUUUCGUUUUCAUCCUACUGAUGAGGAGUUGGUUGAUUACUACUUGAAAAGGAAGGUUGAAGGGCUAGAAAUCGAGCUCGAAGUGAUUCCUGUGAUCGAUUUUUAUAAGUUUGAUCCUUGGGAAUUACCAGACAAAUCAUUUCUUCCCAAACGCGAUAUGGAGUGGUUCUUUUUCUACCCAAGAGAUAAGAAGUAUCCAAAUGGCUCACGUUCAAAUAGAGCCACCAGGGCUGGCUACUGGAAAGCCACUGGAAAAGACCGGAAAGUGGUAUGUGAAUCCUCUGUGACUGGCUACCGGAAGACCCUUGUUUUCUAUCAAGGGCGUGCUCCUUUAGGAAGUAGAACUGAUUGGGUGAUGCAUGAGUAUCGCCUGUGUGAUGAAAUGACACCAUAUACUAAAGGAGCUUUUGCCUUGUGUCGUGUGGUUAAAAAGAGCGGUUUUAAUGAAGAGGUGAAAUCUAAAAGGGCUGGAAGCAGUUCAAGCAAUAGAGAGUACAUGCCUACUGAAGUUUCAAAUGAGCUCUUGAGUGGCUCCAGUGACAAUCAGUACAACAGCAGCAACUAUUCCACCCCUAUUUCUUCUCCUUACAUCACACCAAGGGCAGAUUUUGAAACAACUGCAUCAUUGAGCUCGCAGUCUCCAAGCAUGUGGGUCUCACCUGAUUUGAUUCUUGAUUCCUCCAAGGACUUCUCUCAAGGACAAAAUAUGGCAACUGAUUACAUCCCACAAUGUGACUUUCAGAAUCCAAUGUCUACAUGGCAGCCUCACCAAGGUAUUUCUCCAAGUUCAUCAUAUGCAACUUUCACCGAGAUUGAACAUGUUGAUGAUCUUAAUCAAAUUGGCUGCAUGUCACCCUACUCUGCUAACAUGGAUUGCAUGGGAUAUGAUGGAAAUAUGGGUAUGCUUUAUGAUGGAUAUGACACAAUCAAUGCCCUAACCUAUCAAAAUCCCUUCUGAAACCAAUAGGAACCAUCACAACUUGUGUUUUCUGUCUUCCAAAUGAGAGAGGUUUGGAAUAUUGCUGGAUCAUUACUCGGUCUGUGUGGUUCAAGAGCAUGACCUAAACAAGGAUGCCUGACUCAGUUUUAUCUUUUACUGCUAUGUAAUAUGAAAAUCAUCCAAGACAACGCCUUUUUUGUGUGUUCUUGGUUUGUCAUAAUCGGAGCUUGAACCUACAGUAUGCAUGUAACUAUGUAAGGUUACAUCAGUUUAAGUACUUUAUUAUGUGUUCAAAUCACUUGGAAAUUUGUCUUGUGACAAUCACUUUUACAAAUCGCCUUUAGAGAUAAUUAGUGGUCCUUGUAUGUCUUGACUUAACUUUCCUUUGGCUACUAUUUAUAAGCUUCAUUAACAGAAGCAGCUUAUGUACAUUUUUCAGUUUUCUGAAUUAUUGUGUAUCAAA